UUCCGGAAUAAUAGAUUGACUUUACACAUGGAGAUUUAGAUUUAGAGAUCUAGCAGUACAGUCACAGAAUACAGAUCCUUAAUUAAUGCGCUUUUAUUUGUUCAUACACCCUUAGUUUUCUUUUUUUCUGGAACGCUCAAAAUAAUAUUACUAUAAAAAUGAUAAUGGAGGAGGCUACUUUUGUUAGAACACUAAAAAAACAUAUAUUUUUGCACCCUAGUAAUAAGAAAAAGUUGUUCUGGGCUGUCAAAUCUACUCUUCUAAACAAUAAAAACAAAUACUCAGACAAAUUAGAAGGAGCUUUAUUGGAUGUAAAUAAUUUGAAAGUUAUUGGUGACAGUCACUUAAUUGUGGAUGGCUAUCUUAGUAUGGAAGUCAUAGCUGAUUUUCAUGUAUUUAGUCCUAAACCAGGACAAGUUUUGGAAGGAUUUAUCAACAAGUGUAGUAAAAGCCACAUUGGGUGUCUAGUAUUGGAUACUUUCAAUGCUUCUUUGACAAAGUCUGGCAGUGCUCAUCUUGAACCUGAUCUUGGAGACUUGUGUACUUUUCUUGUCACUGAGGUUAUUGUUGAUGGGGAGAUUUUAUUUAUGAGGGGUACUUUACAGAGUGUUACACCACAAGUGAAAACAGUUUCACCUUACAAAGAAUCAAGAAAAGCACCUGAAGAAGAGGAUAACCGUAACUCAAUACAAGAUGACAGCUUGUUAUCUGACAUAGAUCAGCAACUAAAGGCAGAAACAGCACUGCUUGCUUCUGAAUUGAAAACACCUUCACCUUGUAAAAAGUUCAAAAGUGCACAUGAGGAAAAUCAUGACUCAGUGAAAAGUGACAAAAUUUGUGACAUGUCUGCUAUAGACCAGAAACCAAAGGCAGAAACAAUACAGCUGUUUGUUAAAGAAAAUAACUCUUUUACUGAUCUAAAACAAGAAGUAUCAUUAAAAGAUAUUAAAACAGAACCUUUAAGUCCGAUUCCUAAAAGACAUAAAAAAUGUGCAGCAGAUAUCAGUAUUGUGAAAAAAGAAAAAGACAUUUCUCCAAAGAAGAGUAGAAGAUCUAAACAAAUAUUAGACAGUUAACUAAAAUAAAAAGAUUUUUUUUUUGCUUUGAUAC